AAAAAUCGGUUUUAGUUAUGGCUCAUUUGAGAAGUAUUGAAGCACAAAGAUCACAACAUUUAUAUGCAGUAAUCGACCGUGAUAAUAUUUUGAUUGGAGCGGCUCUAUAAAAGUGCCCAGUUCUACAAAAUUCAUGGCACAGUUCCACAGUUACCAAUCAAAGCAAUGGCCUAUAAUAUUUGUCUACUUCUGGCCCUGAUUUGUAUCCUGUUUAUGGGUCAGCAUUGUUGGGCAGCUUCAUCGGCCGAUGAUUUGGCCAAAUUCGGGGAAAUGGAACGAUCCAUCAAGGAGCUGACCAGUUCGAUCCUGGCCAUGAGUGGAGCUACUCCCGGCAUUAGACCCGCGGCUAAUAACGCUUGGCCCGAAGAACUUCAGGCUUAGGUUUUUGACCAAAAACCAGUCAGCUCGGUCUACUAAAUCGCGUUUAGCAGUUCUGCAGUUUAUUAUUUUGCAAUACUAUUUUUUUUUUUAUUUUUUUUUUGUUUGGUUUGGGUAAUAAAGUAUUAGGCAC